CUCAAGACCACUUUCAUGCUGGCAUUCACUUCCCACUGUCUGCAUGCCAAUCAGUUCUCUACUUUGGACUGCUGUUCCCAAUCCUCUGAUUCUAGCCCAUCACCAUUCGUUUGCUUCAAUUCGAUCGUUUUCUACCUCCAACGAUCCUCCAUCUAAUCCCAAAACUGGAAUUCGAUUCCUCUUGCGACAAUAUGGCACAGUUGCUUUGGGAACUUAUAUGGUGCUGUCAUUUACUGUCUUUUGUGGCUGUCUUACAUCCAUCACUUUUCUCGGUAUCGACGAAACCCAUAUUGCUACUGCAUUCAACUAUGUCAAGUCACUGGUUGGCAUUCAACCCGACUCAUCUAUACCGCUUUCCGAUACAGAUCCUGCUGAAAGUAAAAAAAUGUUUGAAUCAAUGACCUGGCUGCCUGAAUGGGCUCGUAGUCCUGAUAUGAUAAGAAUCGUAACAAAUGUGCUACUGGCUAUGGCCAUGACAAAACUCUUUACGCCGUUCAAGAUCGCUAUUACUGCUGCUACUGUGCCUUCCAUUGCUAAACGGAUACGCUCCAUGAACUUUUCUUGGGUACACAAUGCUAUCAAGAGUAUCCGCAAUUAUAUUCGCCCAUCCAAAAACUAGUCCUUGGGAUGAUCAACUUACAGCCGUAUUCACAUAAAACGUAACACUAUCUUGAUGACUAUCUCGAUGACUACCUUUUCAAAAUAAACAAUAGUUAAAU